AGAGAGAGGUAAAGAUUAAAUCUAGAGAGAAAUAUAUCUCUCUUUCUCUCUCGUAUUUAGGACAAAAAAUCUGUUGGGGAAGAUUAAAUCUAGAGAGAGAGAUAUCUCUCAUUUUCCCUCUCAUAUUUACGACAAAAAAUCUGUUGGGGGAGAUGGUUCAAAUUCCCAGUUUUCUACCGAAUACGUAUAGGAAUACAUUUACCCAUGCUUGGUUUUAAAGAACUUUUAUGACCAAAAAAAUGAGAUGGCAGAAGGGUUCAGCUGGAUUCUGUAGCAGAAAACUGUACACCAGAAUCCGAGGGGGUCCCUCUGAGCAGUAGGAGCAAGAGAAAAGGUGCCUCUGUGCUUUCUUAGUAGGAAUUGGUUGGGUUUGGUGGCUCUGAUAAUGGCUAACCGUUCCCAUGUCCCGAUAUUUGGUACCUGGGAGAGUGGGGAGAGCGUCCCCUACACUGCCUAUUUCGAGAAAGCACGCAAAGACAAAGUUGUAGGAGGAAGGAUGAUAAACCCAAAUGAUCCUCAGGAGAAUCCAGAUGCCUUUAUGGAUGUGGCCCCUCCCCCAGCUCCUCGAAUCCCUGAGCCUGAGGUCCUGAACAUGCAGGCCCACCAUGAUCGACGUCCAAGCAGGGAAGAUGGUGGUGACCCUCGACGCCACAUGGAAUCACCCGCUCGGUACGAAAACAAUCGUCGAACCCCCCCAGUGGAGUCUUCCCCACUUCACAGGCAAGGCAUGCGUGGUGCCGGGGACUUGAAUAGGAAAGGGGGACGUGAGAAUGGUGGUCCAGAGAGAAGCACUGAACAGUCACCCAUGCAUCCGCAUUAUGCAGCUAGGGUUGGGAACAAGGGUGGUGUAUCAUCACCAUCAUGGGAGAGGAAGGGCUCGACAGAAGGGUCUGCAACACCAGGGCGCUUGAGACUGAGAGGGAGCAAUUUUGGUGACGAAACUCCUGAUAAAGGCACAGCAGUGCCAAAGUUUGGGGAGUGGGAUGAGAGCGACCCUGCAUCUGCUGAUAACUUCACUCAAAUCUUCAACAUAGUGAGGAAGGAGAAACAUACAGGAGGAAAGGUUCCGUCCAUGCCUGCUAAUCAGUCCAAUUAUAAUGAUCAGGACGACACUCACAAACCAUCAAUUUGGUGCUGCUUUGGGAAAUAAUAUUGGACUUUCUAUGUAGGUGAGUUUGUACCUGUACAUUGCUCAGAAACUUGUUUAUGUACACGACUCUGCAGGGAUUCGUAUUCUUUUUUGUGCUUCAUGUUGUGCCUAAGCUUGUUUUGAAUAAUAUUUGGGUUUCGGAGAGAAGGCCUUGUAUCUGCCAUGUAAUGUUUCAAAUGUGUUCUUUGAAUUGCAUCUUGCCCUGUUGAUAUUCAGUUUUUCUUCAGAGAGAAAAUUAUAUUAUAAUCUUAAAAUCA